AGCCAAUGGGUUUAUGAAAAAAAGAAAAAGAAAAAGAAAAAAAAGAGCGGCUCCCGCGAGUGAAGCUCCGAUCGAACAACGUCUCCCCCAAAAAUCUCUCCUUUACCCUCUCUCUCUCUCUCUCUCUCUCUCUCUCUCUCUCCCCCAAUAAGACACCCUUCGUCCCCAAAUCUAAACCUAGAGCUAGAGAGAGAGAGAGAGAGAGAGAGAGAGAGAGGAGGGAGAGAUGGAUGCGGCGAUGGAUCUGAUGCGGCGAAUCUCGCCGAAGCAGAGCGAGACGGCGUUGUCGGCGCUGUUGUCGCUAUUGCCCCACCAUUCCGCCGAUCUCCUCUCCCAAGUCGACCAACCCCUCCAGGUUUGUAUGGAUGAGGAGUCGAUGAAGGAGUUCAUACUUUGUGAAUACAAUAGGGAUGCUGAUUCCUAUAGAUCGCCAUGGACGAACAAAUAUUACCCGCCUUUAGAGGAUGGGCCACUCCCUUCUAUUGAGUUGAGGAAACUCGAAGUUGAAGCAAAUGAAGUUUUUGCUGUUUAUCUUGACCAGUAUUAUGAAGGAGGUGUCUCGUCGGUGUACUUGUGGGAAGAUGAUAACCAGGGCUUUGUGGCAUGCUUCUUAAUAAAGAAAGAUGGGUCGAAGACGGGGCAUGGCAGAAGAGGAUACUUGCAAGAGGGUUCGUGGGAUGCUAUUCAUGUAAUUGAGGUUGGACCAGAGGAAGAAGGAACAGCUCGUUACUGCUUAACCAGUACCAUCAUGCUAUCAUUGACAACGGAAAACAAGCCAUCAGGAACUUUUAAUCUCUCGGGAUCGAUCAGGAGACAGAUGAAUCUUAAUCUUUCAGUGGCAGAGGGUCAUCUGUGUAACAUGGGGAGAAUGAUAGAAGAAAUGGAGGGUAAGCUGAGGAACUCACUUGACCAGGUAUAUUUUGGGAAGACAAGAGAGAUGGUGUGCACUCUCCGGCCGCCACCCGAGGGAGUUCAGAUGAGGCUGCCCGAAAGCCGGUCAAUAUAACAUGCUGCAAUCAUUUUCCACCAAAAUUGAGAUGUUCUGUAAUAUAUUGAGAAAUUUGUGCUCUUUCUUUUUCUUUAAUUCUUUUUUCCGCCUCUUUUUUGAGUUUGAGCCAUAGCAGUGUUAAAAUCUCAGUGCAGAAAUGAGGGAAAAAAAUGAUUCUGUUGCCGGUUCGUUCGCCGAAGCUUUGUUUAUACAACAAAGUAACACUGAGUUGGAAAGUGACAAAGGAAUCCAUUUGAUAAUACUUAAGAUAUUAUAUUAGUUGUGGCUUCUACUACAUUGCAUAGUUUAUUUUCUGGUUUGUAGAUCAAUUAAUUUAUAUUGUAAGAUUGACAAUUGUCCAUGGCAAAAUUUUACUGGGGAAGGUUUUAUUCCAAA